UCUAUAAAUACUGUGAAGAAGUCAAACAAGCAGCUGCUGUCACAACACAUUCAACUACUCUACUAUUCUGAUCCACUGUUGUAAUGAUGGAGUGUGUUAAAGAGGAGACUGAUCCUGAAUCAUUCACAAUAACACCACAACAUACUCAACAACAAAGAGACUUGGUGGAAGUGAAAGAGGAAGAUCAAGAACACAAUGAAAUGAAGGAUGAAGAUCAGGAUCACAGUUUUAGGACUGACAGCUGCUCAGAAACUGAUGAGAAUUCCUCUCAAGAAAACGUUAAAGCCAAAAAUGUUUUUGCGUGCCAUCUUUGUGUUAAGACUUAUUCAAAAAAAGGUCAACUAACGCGUCACCUAAGGAUUCACAAUGAGGCGCCUCACACAUGCUCCCACUGUGAGAAGACUUUUAUCCAUAAAAGUAAACUUGUGCGUCACAUGAUGAUUCACACAGAUGAGAGGCCUUUUUCCUGCCCUCAGUGUGAUAAACGUUUCAUUAACAAAGAAAAACUUAAUGUUCACAUGAAGACUCACAGUACUGAAAGGCCGUACAUCUGCCCUCAAUGUGAAAAGACUUACACGUGUAAAGAAUAUCUUCAUCAGCAUUUAAAAACUCACAAUCAGACAAAGCCUUUCUCAUGCCAUCAGUGUGGAAAGAGUUUUUCAUAUAAGAGAAGCUUAAAUGCUCAUGUGAGACAGCACACUAGUGAUGGGUCGUUCACCUGCUCUUACUGUGAAAAGAGUUUCUCAUUUAAAACAAAUCUAGAGAAUCACAUAAGAAUUCACACUGGAGAGAAACCUUUCACAUGCCCUCAGUGUGAUAAGAGCUUUAAACAACAAGGAGCUCUUAGGUAUCACAUACGAGUUCAUACAAAUGAAAGACCUUUCUCUUGCCAUCUGUGUGAUAAGAGUUUUAAACAGCAAGUAGCUCUUGGGUAUCACAUGGCAAUUCAUACAGGUGAAAAGCCUUUUUCAUGCCAUCUGUGUGAUAAAAAUUUUAAACAACAAGGAUCUCUUCGGUAUCACAUGGGAAUUCAUACAGGUGAGAGACCUUUCUCAUGCCAUCUGUGUGAUAAGAGGUACAUAAAUAUAAACAGUCUCAAACAACAUUUGCAGGUUCACUCAAAUGAAAGACCUUUUAGUUGCGAUCAGUGCGAUAAGAAGUAUGUUUCAGCAUCUCAGCUUAAAGAGCACCUAGAGACUCAUUCAGAUGAGAGGCCGUAUUUCUGUUCAGUUUGUGGGAAGAGUUUUCAAUCACACAGAAAAGUUAAAGAGCACCAGAAAAUACAUACAGGGGUGAGAAAACAUGUGUGCUCUGUGUGUGAUAAAGCCUUUCUGAAAGUCUCAGACCUGAAGCGGCACCAAAAGAUCCAUAAAGAAAAAUCCUGAAAGUGCUCACAAUGUUGAAAGAGUUUUAUUGAGUUUGGGAAGCUGAUAAAACACAAGUUACUGUAUAUCUCACAGAGAAAAGUGCUGUCCGUUAAAGAGUGAGCAAAGAUCAACUUCAGUCUUUAUGUCCAAGCACAUGGUUACCCAUCUUCCACUGGGAUUAACUCCAUGCUGCACCUAAGCUGAAGCAAACGUUCAGCCAGAGAUCAAAACCUGCUCGCGUUUCCACCAAAAAGAGAGCUGAAUGCAUCACCAUUGACCAGAAUCACCCAGGGUUAUAUUAUUAAACUGCUGCGUGUUAUGUUGUAUUACAUUAAGUGUUUUUGUUACAUGUUAUGUAAGGAAAAUUUCACAAUGGGCCGUUUUAUUAUUUGAUGAUAAGGCACACCUGGGACCGGUUGCACCAGCUGGGGGUAAACCCGGUCGUGAGACUAGUCUGGACAUAAAAUUUACAGCUUUUGCACCAUCUAGGCGUAGGGCACAUCUAAAAAUAAAUCUUACAUGUAAUCAAAGGUAGGCGAGACUUACAACUUUUUUACGUCCUGCUGGUGCAACCGGCCCCUGUGGUGGUAACGCAGCCACAACACAAACCUGAGUUGAUGUCUCGACUUUCAUUGGGCCAGUAAGAAAAAAAGACCUAAAUGUCCUCAUCAUUUCUCUUUUCUAUGGUUUAUUGAGCAUAAUGAUGACUUUGUAGAUACAGUGGUGACCAUCAUAAGGAGAUUUAGGUCAUUUUCCUUACUGGCCUCCUUCAUGUCUGGACCUAAACCCCAUCAGACAAGUUUUUUGCUACCACUGUAUAUUUAUGGUUUAUUUGUUUAAAUUAAAGGUGACAUGGAAUGAUUGAACGGGGUAUUUAUCCUUGUUCUGUGAUGUGACAUGUAGACAAAAUAUUUUUUGUUUGAGUCUGUAAUGCCUUAGAAGCUUCCUAAAAACCUCUCUCAGAUCGCUCUAUUAGGGUGGGGGAUUUUAAACAAGUGGUUUUGCACCUAUUUGGCUCCCCCUACUGGCUUAACUUACAAUCUCAUUACUGAUUGGCUGACUUUGCUGCCACUCAAAAAAUUUAGCCAAUUAUUUUAAAGUGGAGGGGCAGUGAGAUGCCUGUGAUGUCAUAAGCAUCAGUUUUUCAGAUUGGGCCGUUUUCUGGCUAACAUUUCUAAAAGAGGAAUUUCUAUCAGACUGAGAUGUUUAGCAUGUCUAGCACUUUUUGUAUGUUCGUGAAUGCGGGUAGGUAGACUACCAUUAUUCAACAAAGACAAGGUAAAAAUGGUUUUUCAUUCUCUGUCCCCUUUAAAAUUUUGUUAAUCUGGGUGUAAUCAUAUGGAACUGUAAAGCUGACUGUAUACUAGGGCUGUCCGCGUAUGCGCGUCGUCUGCAUGAUAUUAUUUUCGUCACAGUAGGUUCCCUGGUCGUCCAUGCACGCCUUCAAUGUGCAGUCAAAAAUGUAUCUCAGAAUAAAUUGUACCCGGCCCUUAAUGCGGUCAAGAGACCUGGAACUAGGUGUGUUUUGAAUAAAAAAUAAUGCACACUUGUUUCUCAACAAAUGAGAGCCUAGUGGUAUAAAUUAUAGUAAUUAGCCAUUUAAAGGUUCAGUGUGUAGAUGUUUAGCUGCAUCUAGUGGUGAGAUUUGCAAACCAGCGGCUCAGUCCACAGCUCACUGCUCGCUUUCGAAACGCAUAGGGAAGUUACGGUAGCCGCCACAGGACAAAAGGUCAAUGUCUGAGACAUCGUAGUGACAAAACGCUCUCUAUAGACCAUUUCAGCAGUAACAACAUAAACAAGCGGCUGUCGCGGUCCGCACGUAACUUCCGGUAAACUUUGCUAAGAAUAAAUAACAACAAAGUUCUUUAAACGUAGUUUAUUUAUAUAACAAGCAAAAAAACAACACACAGAUUACCUAGGAAACCAAAACAUUUGUUAUUUUCGACGAGGCAUUCGUUCAAGAGAUCAGUUUAGUAAGUAAUCAGACCAUAAAAAAAACGAAACAGGAAGUAAGGUUCGGAUCCAGACGUGUCACGUGCGUCCGAUGAAACGUCUAUAGAACAGUGUGUCCAUUUAGGGCUACAGUAUAGGUCUGACUAUAAACAUUGCUAAAGAAUCAGUUCAUGUCCUAUAUAGAUGGCAGCAACAAAAACAAACGCUAUAUCAACUUUCUACACAGAGCUAAUGUUAUUGUGUAAAAUUAAUGUAUACAAUGUUAAAUACAGAUCCUUA